AUGGCCAAGUUUGUGCAUGCGCUGCUCGCGGCCCUCGCGCGCGCGCGCAUCCCGGGGUGCACGCCGCAAUUGCCGCUGCCUACCGUGAUCCACAUCCCGAAAACGGGCGGCACCCAGGCCGCCGGCGGCGUCCUCAAGUACGACGCGAACCACGGGCACGACGUGGCGUUCCCGCUGCCGCUGCUCCUCGGCGGGCGCACCUGCAAUUGGCACCACAUCCCGCCGCGCUACUUCAACGCGAGCGGCGGCGCGGCGACGAACCCCUACCACGGUCGGCGGACCGUGUGCUUCGUCCGCGAGCCGAUCUCCCGUUGGAUCUCCCAGUGGGGCUACAAGAGCCAGGUCUCGCGGCAGCACCCGUCGAGCGCCCACGCGCUCAACGCGUACACGCGCCAGUGGCUCGGGGACCUAGUGAUCGAGAGGCGCCGCGACGGCGACUUCUCCGCGGCGCUCGCGCGGCGCGCCGCGGCGUCGUUCGCGCCGUCGGCCUACGCGGGGCCGGAGCGGCCGCAGAAGUCGGUCAUGGACUUCGGCCUGCGCAACCUGGACCCCGGCACGCUCGCCUGGGACCCCCAGUACGACUGCCACCUCAUCCCGCAAUCGACGUACGUCUGGGACGCGGAGGGCCGGCGGACGUGCGACGAGAUCCUCCGGACCUCCAACAUCACGAACGAGCUCCGCCGGUUCAAGGCCCUCGCCUGCAAGGAGCCCCCGGCGCCCCACGGACGCCGGCUCCGGUCGCCCCUCGACCCGGUGACGCGGCCGCAGCACGCGACGACCAUGGGCAGCGACCGCUACGACCGCCACGACGGCGAGCGGAGCCCCUUUAUGGUGGUGCUGGGCAUGGGGUGCCUCGCGCUCGUCGGCUUCCUCGUCGUCGUCCGCGGCGUCUUCGUCGCGGGGUCCCACGUCGUCGAGGCCGAGGUCGCCUACGAGACGUCGCUGAGCGUGGCGACGUGGAACGUCGCCGCGAUCAACAACAACCCGUUCGAGUACUGGAUCACGCACCACGACCCCGCGUACAAUUCGCUGAUGGAGGACGUGCAGCGCUUCGUCGACGAGCCCGGCGACCGCGACGUGCCCGUGUCCGACGUCUUCACGGAGUCCAUGUUCGGCGAGCUCAAGGCGUCCAUGGAGGCCGCGGGCUGGGCGGGCCUCGACGUAUGGCGCGACGACUUCCGGCACCGGAAGAUCAUCUCGGGCUUCGUCAAGGACGGCACGCUCGGCAAGAAGCGCCUCGCGUCCAUGCCCGACCGCGUGACGAACACGAUCAAGACCUUCGACGGCGCCGCGCCGUCCGUCGCGUACCGCCCGACGGUCAUCAACUGCUACGGCGGCGGCGACUUGGGCGACGCGCAGACCUGGUGGGCGCGCUGGCGGGCCUUCGUCUUCGACGCGGACAUCGCCAAGGCGCCGGGCGGCGACCGCGUCAAGGUCUACACGCUGUUCAACCCCAUCAAGCGGUCCAAGUACCCGGCGCUCACGGAGGAGGAGGAGCGCGUGUCGAUCCCGCUGCAGACGCUCGCGGGCGCGAUCUUCGACGGCGUGCUCGUGCACAUGAUGAACGUGCUGAGCCCGACGUGGCAGGCGCUGCGCGCCGACAUGUGCGACAAGCUCAACCGCCGCAAGGACGAGCGCACGCUCGACAUCCUCGCGACGACCUAUAAACGGACGGACGUCCUCUUCCUCCAGGAGGCCGCGAGCUCCUUCGUCGCCGCGGCGAACGCCAACGACCUCGGCAGGAACUACCACGUCGUCGCGCCGUCGUCCAUGGACGGGUCCCGGGACCAGAACUCGCUCGUGCUGCUGAAGAAGAGCCGCUUCCCGGACCGGAACCGCGUCGCCGAGUUCUCGGACGCGAUCGUCCAGCGGCUGCCCAAGGGCACGGCGGCGCCGGGCGACCUCGUGGCCCUGAGCGCCGUCGACGCCAACGACAAGGCCUACGUCUUCGCGUCCUUCCACGGCGACACGAACGGCAUCCAGACCAUGCCCGUGACGGACGCGGUCCACGCGCACGUCCGCGGCGCCGGCGACUCGGAGCUCCGGGCGCACGCGCUCGUCUUCGGCCUCGACGCGAACACCUACAAGGUCGAGCGCGACGGCUACCAGGGCGUCCUGCCCUACCAGGCCGACAUCGUCGCCAAGGGCAUGGCGUCGCAGCGCGGCGAUACGGCGGCCAUCGACCCGGCGGGCUACACGACGUUCAACGCGCGGACCUACCUCCAGCCCCAGCUCAACAAGGCCGUGUCCUUCGCGGAGCGCUACACGAACCUGAACGUGGACCACAACCCCAAGGACUUCAUCCUCUUCUACCGGGACCAGCUCGCGCUCGCGUCCACGGCCAAGGACAACACGGGCAAGCGGCGCUACGACGAGGACAUCAUGUUCCCGACGCUCGACUUCCCCUCGGACCACGGCAUCUCGUCGGCGGUCCUCACGGUCCUAUAG